GUUCCUGAAUCACCGGAAACGUGCUUUGGUUCGUUUGCCGCCAAAGCUAGCUGUGUGCAGCGAUGAAAUUGUUUAUCCUUUGAUUUGGGAUCCCUGGUCGCUUAUCGGAUCGAUUUAGAAACUGGAUUUGAAAAGUACGAUACGUGGAACGAUUCUUCCAAGUUGCGAUUCGCGUGUUUCGGUGAAAUUUAUCAUUUAACGAAGUGAACGAUGGCCAAAGUUCAGCUGGCAAACGUAGCCGUACUAGACAAUCCCUCACCGUUUCUAAAUCCGUUUCAGUUCGAAGUCACUUUCGAGUGUAUCGAAGAACUAAAAGAAGAUUUAGAAUGGAAGAUGAUCUACGUCGGCAGUGCCGAAUCCGAAGAUUUCGACCAAGUUUUAGAUACAAUUUACGUUGGUCCAAUCCCUGAAGGAAGACACAUGUUUAUAUUUCAGGCUGACCCUCCAGACGUUAGUAGAAUACCAGUCAAUGAUGCUUUAGGAGUUACAGUUGUCCUGUUAACUUGUUCGUACAGAGGGCACGAAUUUGUGCGCGUCGGAUACUUUAUAAAUAAUGAAUAUACAGAUGCAGAGCUCAGAGAAAAUCCACCACCUCAACCGCAAUUUGACAAAGUGCAAAGAAAUAUCUUAGGGGACAAACCACGUGUUACUAGAUUCAAAAUAAAUUGGGAUGACGGUGCAAGUUCAACAACAAACAAUGUCCCGGAUGGCAUGGAUGCACAGUCCUUGGAAGAAACAUCGCAGGACGCACCUACAUCCACAUUGGGUUUUACAGAGAGUACACACAAUAGUAUGGAAGUGAUGUGAAUAACAGUAUAACGAGAGUAAUAAGCGAGCUAGUGCAGACCAUAAUUGGAAGAACGAAGUAGUACCUGGAAACAAAAUUGACAAGGAUGCAUAUAAUUGGAUAACACGAAGGAGAAAUGUUGAAAAAAAAAAAUAAUAGCCUUUUGUACAGUAUAUGUUAAUAGAUUUCCUUUAAAAUGGAUCCAUGAGUUGCAAAUUAGCGACAUGUUGGUCGAUGUAACAGUUUAAAAUUUGUAUGCGAAUGAAGUUGUUUAUUACUAUGUGUGUAUGCAUAAUUACUAGCGAUGGAAAACGACCAUGAAUAAUUUAUUAUGCAUCAUUACAAAAGUAAUUCGUCUGAAUGCAAAGGUGUGAAUAUCCUGAGACAAAUAAAUUCUAAGCUAAAUUAAACGGAUCGUCGGUUGAGAAAUUUAUAACGGCAAAUUAGUAUGUGCUCUAGAUUAAAGAUUUUUGAUUCCAGGUUAUGAUUAAAGGAAAAGAAACAUUUUCAGAGUUAUCUCUUAAUAGUUGUAAUUGUAUUACAAUGUUCUAGGAACGUUUGGAGUUUUGUGUUUAAUAUCUUAAGUAUUAUAGUAUGGCUUAUGAUUGUAUCGUAAAUUAUUAGUCUUAAGGAUGUUUCCAUUUAUCCUUGUAUGUACAUAUAUACUAAAACAAGAAAUACACAUUAUGUUUUUUACUUCAUUAAA